CCCAGAGGGGUUUGGGAUCCUUGAGGGAUUUUGGAGUGGCCCUGGUGGGGUGGGGGUACUCCGGGCCCCACUUUUUUAGGGAGCUGCGCUGGGGCGUACCCUCACAACCCUGCCCCCACCUUCUUCCACAGCUUCCCUUUUCUUCGGGAUAUUCUUGGAUUCGGGGUUUCCCUGGAAUUCUCCCUGGUGGUUCCACAUCCUGAGGGUGAAGCACGGAAAAACACUCUAUAAUCCACAAAAGAAGUUAUAAGAGUAGCCCUCCAGAACCCAUGGAUUCUCUUGUUCUCCUCUGCGCCCGCCGCAUCGUCGCCCAGCGCCCUCUUCCUGCCCUUCCCCCCCAUCUCUAUCCCGUCCUUUUCAAAGCGGCAUUCCUGGAUGGAAGACCCCUGGUCCUGCAGGAUUUGGUGGCCACUUGGCCUUUCCCGGAGCUCCACUUCAAGCGGCUCGUGGGGCAGCCGGGGCAGUGGUCAGACAAUCCCUUCGGCGACUGUAUCGAGGCUUUCAUCCAGGCUGUGGUGGAGCAGCUCCAGCAGGAGCUGAAAGAGCCCGGCCACCAAUCCAGCAGGUGCCGGCUGCGUGUGCUAGACAUGACAGGAGUUCCAGAUGAUCCGUACGAGACGUAUUUCUAUUCCAGCACCAAAGCUUUUGCCACAGCUUAUGUGGAGCUGUCCAAGCACCAGCAGCAAUUCCAGAAGCACAGACCCAACUGGCACAAUGGAUGUUCUGGGGGCGCCACGGCCGCGGCCGCACUGCAGCCCCCCGGCAUGGACGUGCUCAUCGAUCUUUAUGUCGGCAAAAACUCCUACGAGAUUCUGUACAAUGCUCUCCAGACCAGACCCGCUGGCCCUCUGCGCCUGAAGGUCUGCGAAUUCCAUUCAGAGUAUAAUUCAGCAUCCGAGAUCGUGACUUUGUUGGAUUCUCUGGACCCAUCCUGUCUGCGGAGAGUGGAGCUGUACUGCAACUUUUUUGGAUUUCCUGAGCUCUCGGAGAUCCUGCCGCACCUCUCACGCUUCCUGGAGCUGCGCAGCCUCAAGCUGCAGGACAUCGGCAUGUACGGGCGGCACCUGAGGCCAGAACCAGCCAACGCAACCCAUGAUGUGGGCAGGCAAUUGGGAAUGCUGUCCAGCCUCCGGGAGCUCAAUCUGACAGGCACUGGGCUCUCCGGGAAUCUGAGUCAGAUCCUCUGUGACCUCCAGGAUCAGUUGGAAAGCUUGGAAUUGGCCUUCUGCUCCCUCCUUCCUGCUGACCUCACCUUCCUCUCCCAAAGCUUCCACGCUCCAGCCCUCAAAAGGUUGGUUCUGAAUGGCCACAACAUCUCCCAAGGCCUCCUGGAGCCAUUCCGGCUGCUCCUGGAGGAAACCUCAGCCUCACUGCUGCACCUGGAUCUCACGGAUUGCCACAUUGAUGAUUCCCACCUGGAUGCGCUGCUCCCGACGAUCCUCUGCUGCUCCCGCCUGCGCUUCCUGGGACUCCACGGCAAUUCCCUGUCCACAGCUGCGAUCAAGAAUCUGCUCCAGAAAACCUUGGAGCUGCCGGAUCUCCACCUGGUCGUGUACCCCGCUCCCAAGGAUUGCUACAGGCUGGAGUUGAUGGCCUCCGUUUCGUGUCUUAUAGAGGAUGAGGAGCUUUUGGCGGUGACCACUGCGGAGAUUUCCCAGCUGCUGGCGAAUUCCGGGAGAACCAACCUCAUCUGGACUCACAAUCCCGACAGCCUUGAAGUCCCAGACUACUUCUCCUUGUGAUUUAGGGAAACCUCAGAGGUGGGAAAAGCUCGGAGCCGCCAUUGUAAAAAAGCACUGCCUCCUCUUUUCCGAAAUCCACGUGUUUUCCACCUUAUCCUGGUGCCUCAUUCCAGUUGAUUUUUCCUUUAAUUUUGGUGCUUUUCUACUGACAAUUGAGAGAGACAUGGGGACUACUGACUCGUGAUCAGAAUCCCAAUUUUACUGUGAGCUACAUAUGCACGUAUACCAUUUUCAGCAAAGCCAGUAAUUUUUUACUACGUUUAUUGGGUAAAUUUUACACAGAUAAACUUCACAUUUCUUUAAAUUUCUGUUUAGUUAAAUCAUCUUUCCUGUCGCCAGUCUUUAUCCGAUUGCCUUGUAAUCCUCAAAACUGUUUGCUCUUGCCAAGAGCUUGGUUAUGAAAUUGCAUUUGAUAAUAAAAUCUA